AUGGCCCAGCCUGCUAUCUUUGGUUCUUUCCUCGGGUGGAAGAAGUACCCGACCCCAAUUGUCAAGCCCCUGUGGCCCUUCAUGGUCGGCGCCGCCAUUACCUACUACGCCAUCGGCAAGGCCGCCGAUGUCAUGAUGGACACCGACGAGUUCAAGAACGAUCCUCGCAACCCCAAGCUCGCCAAGGGCCACUAA